AUGGUUUUACUUGGAUUUCUCGAUGAACCGAGAGGAGGAAAGAUGGGCGCUGAUGAUGACCCAUCUAACUGGACGAUUUCCAGAAUUGGCGGACAGCCAGCCUUUCCAAGUGCCGCAGUUUCAAACAAGUUGAAAUCUUCUCUCGUCUGCGCUAAAUGUCAAAAAGAACAAGUAUUUGUCUGUCAACUAUACUGUCCGUUGGCUGGGCAUAAAUACGAUCGUGCUUUGUAUCUGUUCGCAUGUCGGAAUCCAUCGUGUUGGAAUGCGUCAGCUAGUUGGACUGCAAUCCGGUGUCAAACUUAUGAUGAAACAGUGGAAGAAAUCGCAUCAGCUGAAACUGAACCGAUCGAAACCAUUCCAUUAUCAUCUACCGAUUGGUGUGAUGAUGCCGAUGCUUGGAAUAGCGAUGCAGAAGACGAUCCAGCUCCUAAGAAAAAGCCGUCGUCAGUUCCAACAACAGCAACGAAGAAAGAAAUCAAAUCGGAGCCUGAAGUUAUGCUCAACUCGAUGAAAAUCGAUGACGAAAAUGAGAAAUCGUCCAGUGACGAUGACAGUGACGAUGAAGGAAUGGAUGCUAGUACGAAAAAGAAAACAAAAGAGAAAAACUUAUCGGUUGCUUCGUCCGAUGCUUUCAAUGAAUGGAAGAAGAAUAAUCUUAAAACGUGUGAGCUGGAUGUGUCGACAAGUGCAUCGUUUCCGUUUUAUUACAUCGAGAUCGACGAAGAAGAUGCGGUUGUGAACGAAGCAAAGUUAAAUGAACAGAAGAAGUUGAAAAAGGCGAUGAAGAAUCUUAACAAUAUCGAUGAAGAUGACGAUGAUGAUGAAACAGCAAAAGGUGGCAAAGAGAAAUACGAAAAAACGCCAGAAAUAGAACACGGCGACAUCGUCUUCUAUCGCUUCCAACAAAAAAUCCGAUACGCACCCGAUCAAAUCAUUCGUUAUGACUGGUCCGGCAGUCCAUUGAUUCUUACGAAAAUCGACAACAGCACCUUAUCUGCUCAAAAAUGUCGCCAUUGUCAAUCUUCGUGUGCUUUCGAGUUUCAAUUGAUGCCAGCAUUGGUGAAUUUCCUUAAAAUCGAUAAGCAAAUAGGUUUGGAAUUCGGUACAGUAUUCGUGUACACAUGUUCCGCGAAUUGUUGGGAUGAUAAUAAUGAUUUGUAUCGAUUUGAAAAUGUUUUCGUUCAAGCUGAUCCCGAUCAAAAUUUAUUUGAUUAA